AUGCCGUACAACACCACAGCGAUUCCCCCCAGAAAGGAGGUCACCGGCCAGACCCAGCUGCCGUUAUCCAGAGUGAAGAAGAUCAUCGCGCAAGACCAAGAUGUAGGCAUCUGCUCCAACAACGCCGCCUUCGUCAUCUGCCUAGCCACCGAGAUGUUCGUCCAGUACAUAGCAAGCGAGGGUCUGGGCAUGGCCAAACUGGAGCGCAAGCCGCGCCGAAACAUCCAGUACAAGGACCUAGCGAACGCAGUACACCACCAAGACAACCUGGAGUUCCUAGUGGACAUCGUGCCCAGAACCCAGCCCUACAACAAAAUCAAAGCACAAGCAGCAGCGAAGCGCGCCGCCCUCAGCGGCGGCAUAGGGGCCGCUGAGAGGGCCGCCGCCGAGGCUGCGCACGCCGCAGCAGCAGCGGCCGACGAAGACGACGCCAUGCCCGGAGAUAAUGGGACCCCGACGCAGUCACUCUCGCCGCAGCAGCCGAAGCGGCGAUCCCUGCCGAACGGCAGGAAGCACAAGGACGCCAGCAGCGGCCGAUCGAGCCUGAACGGCAACGGCAACAGCAUCGCCAACUUCGUCAGCACCAACAAUGGUGCGCGGAUCGUGAGCGAGGAGGCGGCGGACCCCAACGACCAGCUGCAGAGCGAGAUGCGCCAGGCCAGAGGCGACGGCGAUGUCGACAUGACCGGAUAG